CGAUUUGCGUCAUCAGAUAAGGAGUACGCUAGCAGUACGCCGGCGCGUAUUCUCAAUUAACCAGUUUCCAUUAGUUUGUCCGUCAGUUCAGUUGUCAAUAGCCGUUGGUUUUGGUUAGAAAGGUACCUUUCCAAGGUGUAGUGGUCGGUCGGUGUUAAUUCAAUCCAUAAUAUUUUAUUUUCGGUACCUAGAACUAAAAUAAGUUGAUUGACUAUAGAAAAUUUAUCGGUUUAUUUGCUACAUAAAUGAGAAAAGUAUAUAACCGGAGGAUAAUCACAAGUUUUUAUUUAUACUUUUUUAAAACAAAUAUACAAGGUCUUGAUUAAAAAUAUCUUCUCAUUUUUUAGCAAAGAAUUAAGCUGUUGCCUAAACUCGCAAAAUGGCGAAUUCUACAUUAGAUAAUUUCUGUGGCGGCGAAUUUUGGAAUCUUAAUUUAACAUGGAAUACUAAUGAUCCGGAUUUUACAAAAUGUUUUGAGAAAACUGUGCUAGUGUGGAUUCCCUGUUUCUUUUUGUGGACGUUUUCUAGUUUAGAAGUGUACUACUUAAUUAAAAGUAAAAGAAGAAAUAUACCGUGGAACUGGUUAAAUAUAUCCAAACUUGUUGUUACCGGGAUUCUUUCCAUCUUAUGUUUAUCGGAUUUAGUGAAUGCUUUUAAAUCAGCUGACAGUGAUAAUGUAGUUUACAGUGUGGAUAUAUAUUCACCGCUUAUUAAGCUGUUCACAUUUGCCCUUUCUGCACUUCUUGUCGUAUACAACAGGAAACAUGGCAUGCCGUCUUCAGGGCUGCUAUUCCUCUUCUGGCUUUUGCUGGGGGUAUGCGGCGCUGUUCAGUUUCGAUCUGAGAUUAGACGGGCCCAGAGGAGUGAAAUUCCUCCGGGAUCCAAAUAUUUUUACAUCAGUUACCUGAUUUAUUACCCGCUGGUUUUGCUGAUGUUCCUCCUCAACUGUUUUGCAGACAAACCACCUCGAGAAUCGAAAUAUCCUAAGUCUGAGAGACCUUGCCCGGAAGAAAAUGCCAGCUUCUUGUCACGCCUAUUGUUCACUUGGUUCGAUUCUCUGGCUUGGACCGGCUUUCGGAAACCUUUGGAAGCGACGGAUUUGUGGGAUAUGAAGCCCGAAGAUUCAGCCAAGGAAAUCGUACCGUUAUUUGAGAAGCACUGGCAGAACACGUUGGACAAAAGUGGAAGUUACUCCCCCACCCAAAAUGCGCAAUUUAAGUCCGAUGUUGACCACGUAGCUUUUGUUAAUAGCAAGAAGAAAAAAGAGGCAUCCGUUUUGCCAGCUUUAGUGAAAUCUUUCGGCCCCACGUUCGCAUUCGGGGCAUUACUGAAACUAAUGCAGGACAUUUUGACUUUCGUGAGCCCCCAAAUUUUAGGAUAUAUUAUUACUUACGUGAGAAAGGGACAAUACGAAUGGAGGGGUUAUUUUUUCACAGCGUUGCUUUUUAUAACGGCCACUAUACAAACUCUACUAUUGGCGCAGUACUUCAAUAGAAUGUUCAUAGUCGGAAUGAGGAUCCGAACAGCUUUGAUCUCCACGAUUUAUAGAAAAUCGUUGAAAAUAUCCAACAGCGCCCGUAAAGAAACUACGGUGGGAGAAAUCGUUAACUUGAUGUCUGUGGACGCCCAAAAAUUUAUCGAGCUUACGGCCUUUCUAAACAUGAUAUGGUCGGCGCCCCUUCAAAUUAUCUUGUCUCUGUACUUCUUGUGGUACGAGUUGGGCCCGUCAGUGCUUGCCGGAUUAGCUGUGAUGAUUAUUCUGAUUCCCGUGAACGGAUUCAUUGCAAACAAAGUUAAGACCUUACAGAUUAAGCAGAUGAAGAAUAAGGACGAACGUGUGAAACUGAUGAACGAGAUUUUGAGCGGAAUUAAGGUCCUGAAGUUGUAUGCGUGGGAGCCCAGUUUUGAAAAUCAGGUGUUGAAGAUACGGAACAAGGAGAUAAAGGUUUUGAAAUCGGCGGCUUAUUUAAAUGCUGGCACGUCCUUUAUUUGGUCGUGUGCUCCGUUCUUGGUGACACUGGUCACGUUUAUAAUGUUCGUCUACAGCGAUUCCAGUAACGUUUUGACUCUCGAGCUAACGUUUAAAUCGCUGACUUUAUUUGCGAUAAUGCGCAUACCGAUGUCGCUGUUGCCCUUGUUGCUGGUAUACAUCGUUGAGGUCUCUCUUGUCACCUUUGCUACCUUCGUAUUGGUGGAUGAGAAUAACGUUCUUGAUGCGAAUAAGGCCUAUGUAUCUAUCUCUCUCUUCAAUAUAUUAAGGUUUCCGAUGAGCAUGUUACCCAUGAUGAUAUCGAACUUAGUACAAACGUACGUCUCGGUAAAAAGAAUCAAUAGGUUUAUGAAUUCGGAAGAAUUGGACCCAAAUAACGUAACACACGAUUCGUUUGAAGCGGAUCCUUUAAUUAUCGAGAAGGGGACAUUUUCUUGGGGCGACGAUCCCAUUCUCAAGAACAUCAAUAUUCGUUUGAAGAAACAAACCCUGACCGCCGUCGUAGGCACUGUCGGUUCUGGAAAAUCCAGUUUAAUAUCGGCCUUUUUGGGAGAGAUGGAUAAAGUGUCCGGCAGGGUGAACACGGUGGGUAGGAUCGCGUACGUCUCGCAACAAGCCUGGAUCCAAAACGCCACGUUGAAAGAUAACAUUUUAUUCGGGAAGAAAUUCGACAAAGUUCUAUAUAACAAAGUUAUCGAAAUGUGUGCCCUUAAAGCCGAUUUUGAAAUGCUGCCGGGUGGGGACCAGACGGAAAUAGGCGAGAAGGGUAUAAAUUUGUCUGGCGGGCAAAAGCAGAGGGUUAGUUUGGCCAGAGCCGUGUACUCUGAUGCAGAUAUCUACUUUUUGGAUGAUCCUUUGAGUGCGGUGGACAGCCACGUCGGUAAACACAUAUUCGAUAAAGUUAUAGGGCCUAAGGGAAUGUUGCGCUACAAAACGAAAGUACUGGUAACUCACGGCAUCACAUAUUUGCCGCAAACUGAUUCCAUAAUCGUGAUAAAAGAUGGCGAGGUGUCGGAGAGUGGCACCUAUCAAGAGUUGUUGGACAAGAAAGGUGCUUUUGCCGAGUUUCUAUUGCAACAUAUCACGGAAGAUGUGGAUACGGAUGAUGGUCUUGGAAAGCAAAUUAAAACUGACUUGGAUGAAAUAAAGGACCAGCUGGUCGGCACGGCCUUAUCCGAAGAAGUAACGAGACGGUUGAGCCGACAUCGCUCGAGGGUCUCCGAAUCCCAUUCCGAAUGUGGGUCUGACCGCAUCCUUAACGGGUCCCUCCAACGUCAGAAAUCUAGCGACAGCACCGACAAAAGCUUACGGCGCAGGGCCGGUUCGAUAGAAGAGUCCAAGAACGAUUCCCCUAAAGGGAAGCUUAUAGAGAUAGAGAAGGCGGAGACCGGCAGCGUUAGUUGGGACGUGUAUAAGCACUAUCUGAAAUCAAUUGGGCUAUUUUUAACUUUUGCUACCAUUUUGUUAAACAUGGUAUUUCAAGGUUUUAGUAUCGGUUCGAAUGUCUGGUUAGGGGUGUGGGCCAAUGACAGUUCCCUUAAUGUGAAUGGAACUGUGAAUACGGCGAGAAGGGAUUUGUACCUCGGAGUGUACGGGGCUCUCGGAAUCGGCCAAGUUAUUGUGAUUUUUCUGGCGACACUCGCACUUUUCAUAGGAUCGUUGAACGCAGCGAGGCUUCUGCACAACGUAAUACUUUCGAAUAUAAUGCGAGUGCCGUCCACAACGUUUUACGAUGUCACGCCGGUAGGACGGAUCUUAAAUAGAUUUUCGAAAGACAUUGACACUUUGGAUACCGUUUUACCGAUGACGUUGCGAGGUUGGAUCACUUGUUUCUAUGCGGUUAUAGGGACCAUAGCGGUUAUAAGUUACACUACCCCUUUGUUUAUGCUUGUAAUCGUACCCAUCGGUCUGUUGUAUUAUUUUAUACAGAGAUUUUAUGUCGCUACGUCACGCCAACUGAAAAGAUUAGAAUCCGUGUCACGGUCCCCGAUAUAUUCGCAUUUCGGAGAAACCGUGACGGGAGUACAAGCAAUCAGAGCUUAUGGGCAACAAGAGAGAUUCAUUAGCGAGUCCGAGUACAAAGUGGAUCUGAACCAGGUCUGUUAUUAUCCGAGUGUCAUCUCGAACAGGUGGUUAGCCGUAAGGCUGGAGAUGAUCGGCAACUUGAUUAUACUGUUUGCUUCGUUAUUCGCCGUUCUAGGAAAGGAACAGGAUCCUUCAUUGGUUGGUCUGUCCAUUACGUACGCGUUACAGAUCACGCAAACUCUCAACUGGUUGGUGAGAAUGACAUCCGACGUGGAGACUAAUAUAGUGGCAGUGGAACGUAUCAAAGAGUACGGAGAAGCUCCACAAGAAGCCCCUUGGGAAAUACCUAACAAAAAUCCUUCAUCGGCUUGGCCAGAGCACGGAUCAGUUGAAUUUAACAACUACGCCGUAAGAUAUCGACCUGGUUUAGACCUAGUUUUGAAAGGCGUCGAUUUCCACAUCAAGGGUGGGGAAAAGGUCGGCAUUGUAGGGAGGACCGGCGCAGGAAAAUCUAGUUUGACUUUGUCGUUAUUCAGGAUUAUCGAGGCCGCUCAAGGACAAAUCUGCAUCGAUGGUGUCAAUAUCGCGGAAUUAGGGUUGCACACCUUAAGGUCCCGUUUGACGAUCAUUCCCCAAGACGCCGUGCUGUUUUCCGGAACGCUCCGCAUGAAUUUGGAUCCUUUCGACAAGCACUCGGACGAGGAGGUAUGGCGGGCUCUGGAGCACGCUCAUCUGAAAGUUUUUGUGAGCGGUCUUGCGGCUGCCCUUAACCACGAAGUGUCCGAGGGGGGCGAAAAUCUCUCGGUAGGCCAGAGGCAGCUCAUCUGCUUGGCCAGGGCCCUCCUCAGGAAAACUAAAGUGUUGGUCCUGGACGAAGCCACGGCCGCCGUCGAUUUAGAAACCGACGAUCUGAUUCAGACAACGAUCAGGACGGAAUUCAAAACCUGUACGGUUCUUACCAUAGCGCACAGGUUGAACACCAUUAUGGAUUCGGACAGGGUCAUAGUGUUGGAUAAAGGUCAAAUCGUGGAGUUUGACACGCCGGCCAAUCUGCUGGCGAAUCCCAACACGAUAUUCCACGGAAUGUGCAGGGAUGCCGGGUUAGUUUGAUUUAUAUGAAAUUUGUUAUGAAAUAAUCAAGUUGAUCUUUACGAAUGCUUUGGAUCUCGUUUCAAGCGAUAUUAUAAAAUUUGGAACAAAACGUUUAACUGGAUUUUAAUUUCGGAUGCUGUCAAUGUGUGUAGAUUAUAUAUUAUACCAAGUACAUCCUUUUUAUAUUUUUGUACUUAAUAGAUUUUAUCGUUCAACUUUUGCCUUAAGAAAGUAACACUUAUACAAGAUGUGAUCCUUAUAGCUGUUCCCACUUUUAAUCCGUUGAUAUAAUAUUUACGUACUGUAACGUAGAUACCGUUUCUACCUAAAAAAGAUCAGUAUUUUUGCCAGUUUGUUUUGUAAAUAUGAGUUUUUAUUUGUUAAGUAACUGAUUAAGUGUUAAAUUUUUUAAAUGGAUUACCAUGUAAAUUUUUAUAUAAUAGAUUAAUUUUAUUUUGUUCA